AAAUUCAGGUUCCUACCGAGAAGUGGACGCUGUCAGUAUAGAUAUGUUGACAUUCCUUAGAGAUAUGGUUAAUCGCACCGUUAUUGACCAUUUGAUCAUGGAUAACGAAGGUCCGGAAUUUGAUCUCUUACCUAUGAUAGCAGUCGACAAUGUACUGGAAAGGAAUGGUAUAACAAUAUGUCAGAUGAAUGUGGAGAUCCAUGCACCUGGUCCACAGGAAAGGCUUGAGUACUUUGCAACUAUGAUGUCCGACGUGCUAAAAGCUAAACGAUUUGCUCCGAUAUACAAUUUGUACUGGGGUCAUCAGCGUGCUUUCUUUAUCAAUUUCGAAGAUCCGUUGUGCGUGGAAAAAUAUCUUGUGCAAUUUUUCAAGGAACCGCUGGUAGAAAGUUAGAAUAUCACAAUAUUUAGGUUUAUCGCAAUUCCAUAAAAUGUAUUGAUGUAAUGUAGAAGUGAUUUUAUGUUGUGUGUACAUAGGAAACAAUCGCGAAACACUUAGCUGACGCUUUAUUUAUCUUAUUUGGUAUAUAAUUUCAAAGGCAAACGUUGUUGUUGUUGUUCUUUGUUUUUAAGUCACCUU